AUGAGUGAUUGGUUUAAAGCUUGGGAUCCUAUUUUUUCUGUUGAUAAGAAAAAGGCACAAGAUCUCUUUUCUCUUGCAACGUUCAUAAUAUGGUAUAUUUGGAGAGCAAGGAACGAUAUCAUUUUUAAGCAUCACUCUUGGUCGCCAGUUGAAGUCAUUAAGGCAGCAGAUAAAGCUUUUCAUGAAUUCAAUCAGGUUACCAAAACUCCUCACAAUAUUUCUCCUCCCAUGGAUAUCCAUCCAUCUAAUAUUCAGGUGCCUUCCCACAAGUGGAUCCCUCCUUUUCCUUGGGUUAAAUUGAACGUUGAUGCUGUUUGGAAUAAAGUUUUGAGGAAAGGUGAUAUUGGGAACAUUAUUCGUGAUCACUCUGGCCUUCUUCUCUCGGCUUAUUCAUUCGGUGUUCAUUGCGAUUCUACUUUUAUUGGCGAAGCGAUUGCCAUCCACUCUGGUCUUUUGCUUGAUAUUAGAGGUGGCUUCAGUAACGUCUUAGUGGAAUCGGAUUGCUCUUGUCUUAUCAACCAGCUCUCCUCUUCAGAGCCAGAGAUUGCUAUUGAUAGUAUUUUUCAUGAUAUUGUUCAUCUUCAAAAAUCUUUUGUUGAAUGCUCCAUUUCUUAUGUUCCAAGGUCUGUCAAUUCUGUGGCUGAUUCCUUGGCCAGGUCGGCCCUUUCAGUAGAGUCUCCGAUUGUUUGGCCUCUUACCUCUCCUUGGCUUCUCUAUCUUUGUGAGACAAAAGCCAAUGUUUGUAAUGACUCUUUGAUUCAAUGA